AGGACAGGGAUCUGAAGCAGUAUAUGGACAGCUGUGGGAACAUUAUGAGCAUGUGCAACGUGAAGAUCUUCAUGUUCCAGCUUCUCCGAGGACUUUCCUACUGCCACAAGCGAAAGGUGCUGCACCGAGACCUGAAGCCACAGAACCUGCUGAUUAACGAGCGAGGAGAGCUGAAGUUGGCCGAUUUUGGUCUGGCUCGGGCGAAGUCGGUGCCCACCAAAACCUACUCCAACGAGGUGGUAACCCUGUGGUACAGGCCUCCUGAUGUCCUGGUGGGCAGCACAGAAUAUUCCACCCAGAUUGACAUGUGGGGUGUUGGGUGUAUCCUGUAUGAGAUGGCAGCUGGGAGACCGCUCUUCCCUGGCUCCACCGUCAAAGAGGAAUUGCACUUAAUCUUCCGGCUGUUAGGAACUCCGACAGAGGACACGUGGUCUGGGAUCACAUUCAACGAGGAGUUUAAGGCCAACAGCUUCCCUUACUACAGACCUCAGGCCAUCAUAAACCACGCUCCCAGGUUGGACGCAGACGGACUCGAUCUCUUCACUAACCUUUUGCUGUACGAGGCGAAGCAGAGGAUAUCGGCUGAGGCAGCCCUCCUGCACCCCUAUUUUAUGAGCUUGGGCGAAGGAAUUCACGUCUUACCCGACACUGUUAGCGUCUUCACUUUGAAAGAGAUUCAGCUACAGAAAGACCCCGGCUUCCGAAACUCAUCCUAUCAACAGUCAGCGCGAGGGAAGAGCAGAAGACAGAGCGUCUUGUUCUAGAUCACGUUUGACCUCACGUGUUGCCUCCUCAUCCUCCUCCAUCACAAGCGAUCAGCCAAUCUGAGAGCUCAUCAAAGGGAGACUCACUCGUCAACACAACACAACAUCAACACAACACAACCAACACAACAUCAACACAGCC